AUGGCGCACCAUUCGGACAUUACUUCUGACAUAGAUUCGGACGUGUUCGAUUCCGAUGAUGAUGAUAAUGAAGAAUUUACUACAUUUCGAGGUCCGUGGUUUAAUGUAGUGGAUCCUAGCUCGUUUAUCAUGCCGGACCCUGAUUUCCAAGAAGAAACAGGGCCCGUCAAUUUUGAUCCAGGUAUGUCAAGUUUGGAGUUUUUCAUGAAGUUUCUCCAGCAUGAUCAACACGACAUUGUUGAAAUUCUUGUAAGGGAGACAAACCGUUAUGCAGAUCAGGAGAUAUCAAGAAGAAGCAGGCCCCCCAUGAUUUUAGGUCCACAUUCACGGUUCCGUGAUUGGUAUCCCGUAACCCGAGAGGAGAUGUUGGCUUUUAUGGGCAUUGUGUUGAGCAUGGGGGUAGUGAAGAAACCAACAUAUGAAUCUUACUGGGAGAGUAAUACACGUGCUUGGUCAAUGGAAACUCCAAAUUUUUCCCAAAUCAUGGCUAGAAAUCGAUUUCAAGCCAUACUGCAGUUUCUCCAUUGCAAUGAUAACACAACGGCAGCAGAACCUGGGGAAAUUGGGUAUGAUCCACUUCACAAAAUUUCUCCAAUCAUUGAGUUUUUCAACGAAACCUUCAGCCGAAAUUACAAGCUUAACCGGGAUGUUUGUGUAGAUGAAAGAAUAGUAGGUUUUAAAGGAAGGCAUCAACUCAAACAAUACAUCUCAAAUAAGAAGGCACACAGAUGGGGGAUCAAACUUUGGGUGCUGUCCGACUCCACUUCUGGGUACACUCAUCACAUUAACGUAUACAAAGGCAGGAGAAAUGAGCGACGUAGUCCGAACGGACAAGGUUAUCAGGCAGUAAUGGACUUGAUGGAACCCCAUUUCUACAAAGAGCAUCAUGUCACUUUCGACAGUUUUUUCACCAGCCCCAGACUGGUAUACGAUCUCUUGGACAAGGACACCCAUAGUACAGGAACAGUUAUCAAGUCUCGAAAGGAUAUGCCUUCCAGUUUUAAGAACCCAGCAAUGCAGAGAGGAGAUGUGAAUGUUAAGACACGUGCUGGAGUGAUGGCUGUACAGUGGGCGGACAGGAAAGUUGUAUCUUUGUUGACCACUACUGGUUCUGCAAGGUAUUGA